AUGCUGCGGACUAGCCUGCAACGAGUCUGCAGCGCGGCUUGGGCCGCUAGCAGCGCAGCAUGCACCGCCGGCGGGGGCCUGGCCCCAGCCGGCAGCAGCCUGGAGGCGGCGGCGCGCCAGCUGCUGCCAGCGGCCCGUGCAGCCCCCUGGCUGCGGCACUACAGCAGCAGCAGCGGCGAUGAGCAGCGGGAGAUCACCGACCCCACGGUGCUGGCCCUGUCCGAGCAGAUAUUGCAGCUCAACCUGCUGCAAGUGGCGGACCUCACAGAGAUCUUGAAGAAGAAGCUGGGCAUCGAGGCGCCGCCGAUGAUGGGCAUGCCGAUGGGGAUGCCCAUGGGCGGCGCCGCUGCCGCCGCUCCCCCGGCUGAGGCCGCCGCGCCAGCAGCUCCAGUGGAGGAGAAAACCGAGUUCACGCUGAAGCUGGAGGGCUACGAUGCAGCCGCCAAGAUCAAGGUCAUCAAGGAGGUCCGAGCCAUUACGGGGCUGGGGCUCAAGGAGGCGAAAGAGCUGGUGGAGGCUGCGCCCAAGGUAGUGAAGGAGGGCCUGAAGAAGGAGGAGGCCGAGGCGCUGCAGAAGACGCUGCUGGAUGCCGGCGCCAAGGUUUCUCUGGACUAG